AUGUCUGCCCUCAAAUUUGCGAAAAUGGUGAUAACCAUAUUGUUCUAUCUAUCUAUCUAUCUAUUUAUCUAUCUAUCUAUCUAUCUAUCUAAAUUCUCAUCGUAUAAAUGUAUCUGUUCAUGGCCUAAAUAUACGAGUAUAUAUAAACGUUUCUAUCUAUCUAUCUCACUGUUCAUUAUCUAUCACGCUGUUCUUUAUCUAUCUAUCAUCCUGUUCAUUAUCUAUCUAUCAUCCUGUUCAUUAUCUAUCUAUCUAUCUAACUAUCUAGCUGCCUAUCACCCUGUUCAUUAUCUAUCACACUGUUCAUUAUCUAUCUAUCUAUCUAUCUAUCUAUCUAUCUAUCUAUCUAUCACACUGUUCAUUAUCUAUCAUACUGUUCAUUAUCUAUCUAUCUAUCUAUCUAUCUAUCUAUCUGUCACACUGUUCAUUAUCUAUGUAUCUAUCUAUCUGUCACACUGUUCAUUAUCUAUGUAUCUAUCACACUGUUCAUUAUCUAUCAUACUGUUCAUUAUCUAUCUAUCUAUCUAUCUAUCUAUCUAUCUAUCUAUCUAUCUAUCUAUCUAUCACACUUUUCAGUAUCUAUCUAUCUAUCUAUCUAUCUAUCUAUCUAUCUAUCUAUCUCAGAAUAUUGUCCCUCUUAGUUAA